GGCAGGUAUAAAUUCUUGCCCUUGCCUGGACAUCCACAUGCUCCAGUACCAGGGAUGUCUUACCUGCUCUGCCCCCUCCAAACCGGCCCAGUUGUUGAGAGCUCUCCCUAUCCAGUAAACUCAAGGGAGCAGCUUCUACGAUUUCGGCUUGCCUGAUUUCAUCCCACUGAGCGAUGUUUUUAGGCGCAACCUGAGGAUUUCAUACUUCGUGCAAUCCAUCCACAGGUAACGACAACUUACAUCAGGGUGUUGUCAUAAUGGUCGUUUGAAACUGUACAACAUCAACAAUCCAUGCGAUUGUUUUCAUGUGCAAGACAACAUGUUUUACCUAUUGACCUCCUGGAUACUUCUAAGUUUACGCUUCAGUACAAGCUGGUCACAGAGCGAUUUUGCCAACAUCCAACGGGCCGACAAUGACUUAUUAUGGUGCUGUGUUUCCGAGGAGGAACUCAUCAAAUGUCAGGAAUUCUCCGAAGCCGCAGAACGAGACAAUCUCAUAUCGGACAUCACAUUCGGCAGCUACUUCCGCAGCAUUAAAUGCAAGCAAUAUCAGAACAAAGGCGAAUGUAUGCGGGUGUUGGAUAUCAAUUCUAAGUACAACCCAAACAUCAUGACAUUGGAUGCCGGAGAAGUCUUUGUUGGGGGCCGCUACCACAGUCUCGUUCCAAUUCUGAGAGAGGUCUACGACGAAAACAAGGAUUUCCAUCAUUCUGUGGCGCUCGUGAAACGGAACACCCUGCCUAAUGUGAAUACAAUGAGAGAUCUUAAGGGAGUUCGAGCUUGCUUUGGCACUGUGGGGAGUUUGGCUGGAUGGAUCAUUCCCAUCUAUAGACUCAUGGCUGGCGACUUCAUGGAUAUUUCAGACUGUAACAACCACGUCAAGUCCGCCAUUGACUUUUUCGGCAAAGGUUGCGCCGUGGAUUCCUUGUUGGACCGUUACAACCCAUUGGGUGAUAACUCCCACAACUUUUGUGAACUGUGCGGAUCCGACACACCAGGAGUGCGAUGCACCACCCGUGAUCCCUACGCUGAUUACACGGGGGCAUUGUUGUGCUUGAAGGAUAAGGGAGAGGUGGCAUUUGUUCAUGAGCGCGUCCUCCGGGAGGAGCUCGAGAAUCAGGAUGAUUACGAGCUACUUUGUCCCACUGGCGACGUGGACGGCUCAUUUGUUCGAAGACCGGUCACGUCGUUCAAAGAAUGCGCGUGGGGAAUAUCACCCGGACAGGCAGUGGUGGUAUCAUCCGCUAUGGACAUGAAGGAGCGUCAAGGUGUACAAAGCUUCUUGAAUAAGGCUGUUGAUCUGUAUGGGCCUGGACUGGUGCCAUCUUCACCUUCAUCUGACUUUGGUCGAGGAGAUCCGAACAACGGCAUGGACGCAUCCAACAGUAACAAUAAUGGUCAGUCCAGCUCUCAAUCAUUUUCCAAUUUCUGGAACAACCCAAGUAAUCGAGAUCCAGGAGAAUGGUUUGGAAAUAGGAAUCCAGACCGGAGUUCAGAUGGGCAAAACCAAUCCUCACAAUUCGGGGAUCAAACUCGAUAUGGAGACAAGGAUAGGGACCCGUUCCGACAAGGGAGCCGAAACGUAGCGGGUCGGCAAAGGCGCCAACUUAACCGCGGUGACGACAACAUUUUUGAUAAUCCAACACCAAGACCAUCUUCGUUAAACAAUGAAGUCAAUUACGAUCAAGACGAAGAUGAAGAUGCUAUGGGACAUAAACCGUUUAAGCUCUUCGAGAGCUCCCCAAGAUACGGGAUGCUCCGCAAUCUCUUGUUCUCUGACGGUGCGAAAGGCAUGAAGAUCAUCAAACCAAACGACAUGUCCUACAAGGCUUUUCUAGGUCAAUCUUACGGUGGUUCCCUAAAUACGCCCAUGACAUCAAUCGAAGGAAUCCGAAAAUGCCCCGUGGGGGACAUGAGGCUCUGUGUUACCUCCGAAGCCGAAUUAUCCAAAUGUGUUCGAAUGCGAACGGCUCUCAAUGCUCAACUGUUGGAGCCUAAGAUGAGUUGCAAGCGAGCCAGAACCCACAUUGAGUGCAUGAGGCAAAUUCAUGAGGGUGAAGCGGACGUGGUCAUGCUCGAUGCUGGUGAUGUCUAUCGUGGAGGUUGGCAUUACGGCUUGAUACCCAUUAUGGCUGAAGUGUACAAUUUGGGCACACCUCACUACUACGCCGUAGCCGUGACCAAGCAAAGAGACAACUCCUCCGAGUUGAUUUACUUGAAGCGGAAAAACACGUGUCACACUGGAGUGGGACAGGCGGCCGGUUGGAUCAUCCCUAUGGCUUGGUUGAUCGGAAAUGAACGAAUUCGCGACUAUGGAUGCGACUCGGUUCGAGCCGCCGCCGAGUACUUCAGCAAAGCCUGCGCUCCAGGCGCGCAAUCCACCUUCUUCACCAACCGCUAUGAGUCGAACUAUUGGCAAUACAGUCAUUUGUGUGACUUGUGUCACGGUCAAGCGGGUCAUUAUUGCGACCGAAAUCACAUGGAGGACUACUACGGUUACACUGGGGCCUUCCGCUGCCUUGUUGAAGGAGGAGGAAAUGUGGCGUUUGUUAAGCACACCACUGUUACUGAAAAUUGCGACGGGAAACGGAAAGCGUGGUGGGCGCGGAAUCAGUUGACCACCGAUUACGAGCUCUUAUGCAGAGACGGAACACGAGCAAGCGCUCGGGAUUACAAGAAAUGUUUCUUAGGCAAAGUGAAGGCCAAUGCUUUAGUGACCAGUCCAAGAUUUGGCCAAGUGAAAGUGAGUGCCUUUAUCAACCUCUUCAAAUAUGCCCAACAAUUCUAUGGUCAAAAGGUUCACGAUGAGUUCUCAUUUUCCAUGUUCUACUCGACCCCGCCUUAUGCGGAUCUCAUUUUUCAAGACGCUACCCAGCAACUUAUCGUUCUGCCCGAGAAGGAGAGGGAUUACACCGUGUACUUGGACCAGGAGUUCCUUAAGGCCUACUCCUUGGUGGAAUGCCGAUCUAGGGCUUUGACAGCUCAAAUCAGUUCCCUGCUUUUCGUGAUCUCUCUGGUCCUGACGUUUCAAUACGUGUAAGAGGCAUUAUAGCUAAGUAUUCUAGUUUUCUAUUUUCAUACGGUAGUUCGUGGAAAUAAUACUUGACAUGGAAAUAAUCAACAAUGAAACAAGAGAGA